AUGUGCUCAAAUCGAGUGCGAGGUGUUUUAAUGGGUCAUUUGAUCGGUGAUGCUCUGGGAGCACGAUAUGAGUUCAAAACAGCAAAAGAAGUUAAAGAAAUGAUGGCUGAAGACAUGAAGAAUGAUGAGCUUUUGCCAAUGCUAGGCGGGGGAAGAUUUAAAUGGAGGGCGGGUGAGAUAACAGACGAUAGUGAGAUGGGUUUAUCAUUAGCUGGUUGUCUUUUGGCUAAAAAUGGUUACGAUCAAGCGACAGUUGCAACGUCAUACGUGCGAUGGAUUCAAUCAAAGCCAAAGUCAAGCGGUCGAACGACACGAUUGGCAUUGAAAAUAGUUGACAAAGUUCCCAGGGAUUGGCUUGAGACUUGGUCUGAUGAACAAAAGCUUCGACUUUUACAAAUGAUUGAAGAAAAUGUGAAGAAAACAAAUGAAAAAUCACUGUCAAAUGGUUUUCUGAUGAGAAUUUCUCCAUUACCAGCUUUUUAUCAUCGUCAAUCGUUUGAGAGUUGGUCAAAUUGCAUCGCUAAAGAGGUGACAAUAACGCACGCAAAUUCGACAACGAUUGACGCGGCUGAAAUCUAUACAAAAGCCAUUCAUCAACUCAUAAAUGGUUUCACUCCAAAAGCCGUUUAUCAGAACGCUCUUUCAUCAACAAAGGAUAAAAUUGUUCGAAAACAUUUGGAACUAGCUGCAAUUCAACUUUCUCCAUUUCCUUAUGGUGAUGACUUGAGUCUUUCAACGAAUGGAGACGAUCAAAUUAUGGGAUAUUUCGGGAUCGCUUUGCAGGAAAAAUUGCUUUCUAUGAGCUACUGCAUGCAAAAUCCUUUGCCGAGGGUUUACUGGAUGCAAUUCUUGUCGGUGGGGAUACUGAUACAAAUGGUUGCAUUGUUGCUGCAUUACUUGGUGCCCAUUUCGGCUGUGAAA